CCUGCCUUCUCCCACUGCGCAGGCGCAGGAGUGAAGCAAGAUGGCGGCCCCCGUGGAUUUGGAGUUGAAGAAGGCCUUCACAGAGCUUCAAGCCAAAGUGAUUGACACUCAACAGAAGGUGAAGCUUGCAGACAUACAGAUUGAACAGCUAAACAGAACGAAAAAGCAUGCACAUCUUACAGAUACAGAGAUUAUGACUUUGGUAGAUGAGACUAACAUGUAUGAAGGUGUAGGAAGAAUGUUUAUUCUUCAAUCCAAGGAGGCAAUUCAUAAUCAGCUGUUAGAGAAACAGAAGAUAGCGGAAGAAAAAAUUAAAGAAUUGGAAGAGAGGAUGAUGGAGGCUUGGACUAGGAUGGUAGCAGUGGAGCUGGAUCGAAAGAAGAGGAUGGUUUCGGGAUAUAUUUGGAACAGAAAAAAUCCUACCUGGAGCGGAGUGUGAAGGAAGCUGAGGACAAUAUCCGGGAGAUGCUGAUGGCACGAAGGGCACAGUAGGAAGCCUCUAGGGAAGCUCUUCCUCCUGACCCCUGCCAUUCCUGGCCAGGGGCCUGUAUAGGGAAACUGCUUCUGCUCUGCCUGAUGGACAUUUUGUCUGGAUGGUCUGGUAACCCUAUGUUUUAUGCGUCACCUGGAGCCCCUUUCAGAUCCCAUCCCUGUAUUUUUUAUCCUGGCUCUGCCUGCCACCCUUCUUCCCUGGGGGUGAGUCAUGAACCCCCAGGAGAGGGAAGAUGGGAGCCGGGACAGAUAGGAGAGCUCUUCCUGGGCCUACGACUAGUCACGCUGGUCAGACCAAUAAAAGACAUCUGUCCCACUCCGCUAAGUCUGCUUUUCUUGAGCUGAUGGAUGAGAACAGAGGAUCAGAGAGGCAGAGGCUAUCUCCACCUCAGCUCCUCCCUGUUCUCCUCCAUGGCUGUGGGCCUCCUCCUUCUGCAUUGAAGCCUUGCCUUCUUUUUUCUGUUCCUUUAGGUAAACCCCUCAACUUCUAAGCCUCCAUGUAGUAUGCAGAUAAGGAAAAGGAGAGCAGGGCACAGCUGAAUGAAUGUAAGUGGACACAACAGUGGUGCCUCAGUGGCAGUCUGCCUAAAGAUUCCUUUCCCACUUCCUCCCACUGUAAAAGAAAAUCUGGUAAUAAACCAGCAGCACUCCAA